CAGUGUAUAUUGUCUCAAAAUGUCGUCGCAGUAUAGCGCGCCUUUAACUCCAUUGUUUAUUAUCAAAAAGUGAUAAAUCAAAUGACUUUGCAAUAAUAUUGUUGUUGGUAAAAACUGUGCGCAGAUACUGAUGUUGGUGAUAGUGAUAAACAAUUUUAGUGACAUUAUAGUGUGUGCGUUAUUGUGAUUGUUUUAAUGACGAUUUAAUUGCUACAAAACAUAACAUAAACUUGUGGAACGCUGUUGAUUGUGAACAAUUACUUUUCUUUGCCACUACUAGUAACAUAGGAUACGAGUAACCAAACGACAAAAAUCUGACUGAUAAGGUUUAAAAUUUUUUGUUGUUUUAUACUUGAAACUAAACAAAUAACUACAAGCUGAUGGAUUUUUUAAAGAGAGUAAGGUGAUGCGCCGACUCGACCACGCCCACCAUGAGUUCCUUCCUCAUGAACGGUGGAUACCAGCCGCAGCCGGACCCCAAGUUCCCACCUUCGGAAGAGUACAGUCAGGCGGACUACAUACCGCCAGGGGAGUACUACCAGCACCAGCAUUUGCAGUAUGGCUAUCAGCAUCAAUACGCCCCUGUCCAGAUUGGGACAGGGUACGGUUACGGAGGGUAUUACCAUCCGUUGCCUCAGCACCCUCCCGUUGCUCCUCCACCAAGACCGCCAGAGCCGUCACAUCCAUCAGACGCAGAUCACGGCUACGUGCCGUCCCAUAAUGGGGAAGUAGCACCAGGCCUUGCUGAGCUUGGGCUCAGGCUAGAAAGACAUAUAGAAGAAGCGGCUCCUGCUGGUAGAAAACUCCAUGCCCUCGGUCGGGAAGGAUCACCUGUAUCAGAAAUGGAUGACGAGCGGCUACUGCUGGACAGCCCGCCCGUCGAAGAUGACGAUUCGUCUAUAUGCUCGGAUAAUACUGACAGGGUUAUCUAUCCUUGGAUGAAGAAGAUACACGUUGCUGGCGCAUCAAACGGCUCGUUCCAACCUGGAAUGGAACCGAAGAGACAACGCACCGCAUACACGCGACACCAAAUAUUAGAGCUGGAGAAAGAAUUCCACUACAACAGGUACCUAACCAGGAGAAGACGAAUAGAAAUAGCGCACACUCUAGUCCUGUCUGAACGACAAAUCAAAAUAUGGUUCCAGAACAGACGGAUGAAGUGGAAGAAGGACAAUAAGUUGCCGAACACCAAAAACGUGAGGAGAAAAACGAACCCCGCUGGAGUGACCACGACCACUUCUAAAGCGACACCAAAGAGUAGAUCGAAUAAGAAUACGAAUAAUAACGACAAGAAGAAAUCCAAUAACAAUGGAAGACCGGAUAGUAUAGAGAACGUGACGGAUAACAUAAUGAAUGAUCUUCACUGUGUUGGGGGGCAGAAUUUGUCUCAUGAUCCGGCGAUUAGUCCGAUGUCUCAUCAGGGGCAGAUCAAUGCUGGGCAUAUGACGCCGCACCAUUUGCAUAUGAUGAGCUUGCAUGGCAUGGACCCAGCGAUGGUGGCGAGCCUGACUGCCCACGGGUCGCCAGUCGGCUCGGCUGGCUGCGGCACGGGCCUCAACCCUACAUCCCAGCCUGUCAUCAAAUCUGACUACGGUCUCACCGCCUUAUAAUCUAAGUAGACCCUCCUCGGAUCACCCAUGUAAAGAUGCUAUAUUUUCACUAACAAACUCUCGUAACAACCAUUCCUUCGUGUCGAUAAGGUGUAAUAAAGUGAUGAUUAAAUUUAAAUUAACGUUAAGUAUAAUAAUUUGUGUAAGUAUUCCUAGAUUAAACAGUCAUAAUUCGAUGUUUGGAUAGUUAAGUGGAAAACUUUACAAUGUCAAAAGUGUGAUUAUUAUUAUUUUAGGGUAGAUAUAAACAUCUGAGUGUCGGAUUUGUACAUUAUAAUUUAAGUCAUUGUCGUGAGCUAUUAUAACAAUAUUUAUAAAUGCAUUAUAACUAGUUAUUUUAUAAUUAAUUUCAGUAUUGUCGUUUGUAAGUGAAUGGUUUUGAUUAAAGGAUAUCCUUCUUUUUGCAACCUGCAGAGUUACCAUUUUCGAAUGAAAUUGUAAAUAGUAGCU